UGGUUUUGGGGGAACAGUUUUUCGCGCUGGACCAAUCCGCACGCUGUUGCCGCUCACUGGUUCCAUCAUGCCUGUCGACACUAAACGAGUACGUGGUCCAGAUGUCUCCCAAAGCCCGUCUUUGUUUGCGAGGAGGACCGCAACAGUCGUCUCCUCGCUUGGCCCCCGAGCAGACGGCCGACAGCGGGACCAGGUGGACGUCCGGCCUGUGUUUGUCAGGUGCGGGCUGGUGAGUCAAGCUAAGGGCUCAGCGUACAUGGAGGCUGGAGACACCAAGUUGAUGUGCUGCGUUUACGGACCCAGAGAAACAGAACGGAAAGAUGAAACCGAUAUGAAAUGUGGAAGGUUGACGACUGACAUGCGUUUUGCUCCAUUCUCAUGCCCGGACAGAGGCUCCUGGAUUCAAGGUAGUCAGGAUAAAGACUUCUCUCUGAUGCUGCAUGAGAGCCUGCAGCCUGCCCUGUGCCUCCACAAAUACCCUCGCUCUCAAAUCGAGGUCAACGUGAUGGUGCUUGAAAACAGCGGUUCAGUCCUCGCGCAUGCCGUCACCUGCGCCUCCCUCGCUCUCGCGGACGCAGGCAUCGAAAUGUACGAUCUGGUUCUCGGCUGCGCCAUCCGCCAGGACGGCGGCUCAUACGUGGUGGACCCCACUUACACGGAGGAAAACGGCUGCGGCUCAGUCAGUGGUGAUAAUCAGGGAAAGCUGACGGUUGCGUUCCUCCCCAGUUUGAACCAGGUUUCUGGACUCCAGUCGGAUGGAGAAAUGACUGAAGAGACUCUGUCGGCUGGGGUGCGUACCUGCAUCGAGGGGUGCUAUAAGAUAUAUCCUGUUAUCCAACAAGCUUUGGCCAAGGCGGUUUGGAAGGUAGCACCACCACCAUCAGAGAGCUGAUUCGUUUAUCCAGUUUCUGCCUUGUUUGCUAGUUGUUGUUUUUUUGCAGUUUAACAAUUUAUUGAACUUGCAUACAAUCUGUGGUUGUGUGUUCCUUAAAUAUAGCAUAAGAAUUGAAUUAGACCUAUUCUGUUGUGUUUUCUUCCUACAGUGGAACCAGUUCAAAUCGGUGCUGCUUAUAUUGACCAAUAUGAGACCCAAAGGGGCCAUUUCUUUACAAAUGGGUCUGUUUAUGUCGACGUGUGGUAGUAUGUUUAACUUCAUCAAGUCCACACCUCUGCAUGCAAGUACAGUCUUUAUAAAAAAAAUACUAAUAUAAUCGAAAAAUAACUCAGAAUGCGGUGAACUGCUGUUGUACUGUUGCACCUUUCCUUCAGUCCUAGGCCUCCUUCUGUGAAAGCACUGUUGCAGUUCUCUUCCUCAGGUGAAACAUCCGCAGGUGCCAUUGAUUUUUCCACACGUUGGUUGGAUUGAUGCAGUUUUAGCUCGGGAAUGAAAUGGCAAUGAGGACAAAUUAGAGCUGCAGGCUAACCCGUUUAUAACAUUUCCCUCAAGAUGUUGCUGUACGUGAACGACAAUGUUUUUUUGGGGGGGUUCUUCAGUUCUUACCAGCAUCGGAACACUGAUGACAAAACCUGACUAACUCGGUCCUCAUAAUAUUCCAUUUUGUGUACUUUUUUCAUGGGUUUGGUCUGUGUUGCUUCAGUUGACAUUUGUAAGAUUUGGGAAAUGGUUACUAUGCUUGGUGGUUGUUUGCAUAAUAAUAAUGGUUAGGUUUGCUGCUUUUUAUGUUCAACAUUUGUAUUUUAAAAUGAGAGACAUGUUUCCUGCGACUCUCGACAGAUAUGCUUGUCUAAGGAAUCCUGGCAGGUAACUUCAUAAACCCGUUUCAAAAUUGCAUUUUCAAAUGCAUAUCUGUUCCUCUACUUAGGCUAUUGAUAGUCCAUUCCUUUUAUUUUACGAACACGUGGGAAUUAGCAAACAGUUUAAGAACACAUUGCACAAUCCUUUCUUGUUAGAAAGUCUGUAAACUCUUUUCUUAGUAUUUUUCUCGUCUUUUAACUUUAAUGGAAAAAAAUCCUCUUCCAUACUGCGGUAAUACGGCUCACAGGGCCGCUCGGCAAGACUCGGGUAACAUCGGCGUUAACAGGAUGUAGUCGGUGAAGUAAGGCCUUCAAAAAUAAAAGCACGGCAGUAACACGGUUGCACCGUAGUAGGGAAUUGUGGUACCACAGUUUACCACAUUUACCCAUAUUUUCUGGAAAUUGUCUCAUAUUUUCAAAUGCAAAUGUUGAGUCAGGGAUUUAAAUUUCUUUGUUUUUAUAUAAUAGUGCUGUGACGCAAUUGUUACGAAGGUCAGCGAAUUUAAGGAAGGAAACCUUUAGUUUCCUGUUCUGAAUGUUUUCCCAUUUCGUAUGUCAGAUUGUAUUUUUUUCAUCAAACAAGACAAGUAGUCCAAAAUGAAUGGCAACAAGGGGACAUUAAAAGCUGACUUAUUCAGUAGAUGCUGUAUUUCUUAUACGCGUUAAAUAUAGAAGAUAUUUUAAAUGUGCAUGCAUACGUAAUAG